UUUUGCUACUGACUGUGGACUUUGUCCUUCUCCUUUAUGAGGAAGCCUUGGGCGCAUAUUGUCGAAGAGCAGGAUUAAAAUAUGAGCUUGAUAUGUACCAAAGUGUAAACAAUACACAGGAAAAGUAAGAGCUACACUGAGCUGCCAAGAGUUAAAGGUCUGUUAGGUCAGGAUGUACAGGUCUAACAGUCCCUUUGGCCAUGACACCAGCAGCUAUGCAGGAUCCAUCCCAUCCACUGGUUAUUCCACGAUGGAUGAGGUGUCAUCACAGGUAUCAGGCCUGUCAAGGCCCAGUGCAAAGUCAAUUUACUUGCAGAGGAUGGAUUAUGCAACAUCAUUAAACAAGAUGAUGGAUAAAUUUCAGUACAGAGUGGAGCACUUAUUUACUUGUGAGCUGGAUGGGAGGGAGAUGAGAAACAUCAGAGACUGUGUGGAGCGUCUGAAGCUGCUGGAGGAGAUGGGUCGUGUGUGGGGUCAGAACAUGCUGCUGGAGGUGCGAGAUGCCAACCUGCUGCUCACAGACAUCGAAAGCAAGGAGGAGCUGGAUUCUUUGGCUCUCAGUGACAUCCACGACCUACAGGCUGUGCUGGACGCUGGCGUGUUCAACUCCCUGCUCACAGUGUCUGUCCAACAAAGGAGAAAACACACCACUACUGUCUACAUGUUCCAGUGUGACGAUAUCAGGGCUGAUUACGUUCAGAGGAAUCUCUUACAAGCACUGUCACGCAAGACAGAGGACUCAAGCAUCAGCAGGAAUGAAGGACUGACUGGACGUGAAAGAGUGAGAGCAUCUAACAAACCUGUGGUUGAGCCGGUGCCACAGUGGAGUAAUCCUGACUAUGAAGAUGAUUUCUCUGAGAUUGACCUGGACGAUGACAGAGCUUCAACAGAGGUACCAACUCCACUGCCAACUUACCGUGAAGAACCUUUACCUCCUCCUCGCCCGUACACAGAGCUGGACAGGAAUGUGGAUAUUUUGAAUCAUAUUUUCAAUGACAUAGAAAUCUUCAUGGGACAAGUAGCUGCAGCAGAAGCUAAAAAUACAAAGAAAAAGAAGAAAAAGAAAAAAGGAAAAGACAUGGAGGGAAUGCCCAGCACAGAAGAAUUUGCUACAUGUCUCCAUAAAGUCAAAUGUGGUUUCAACCUUCUGGGGGAGCUUAAUGGACAGAUCAGUAAUCCCAGUGCUGCUGAUUUUGUUCACUCCUUGUUCUCCACAUUAGCAUUUGUAGUACCUCACUGUCCUGAAACUCUGUCAUCGAACAUCGUGGCGCCGCUGCUGACGCCUCAAUGUAUUCGUCUCAUGAGUGAAGAGGCGUCUACGGAGGAGGACGAGCUGUGGCAGAGUCUGGGAGACCCCUGGAACAUCCCCAGUACCCAGUGGCCAGAGGAUGAUGAGGACAUCCCGACCUACACUCUGGUGUUCUUUGAUGGCUGGCAGCCCCCCGAAGUAAAUGAAGAACCUGGACCUGGGGAACCUGUAAGGAGACAGGCAUCUAUGAGGAGACAGGAGAAUCAACCACCUGCACCCAGCCAGGCUUCCAAGUGGACAUCACCACGUUCUCCACAACAAGCACGCCCAGGUGAGAGAAAGAAGAUGCGUGUUAAGCAUGAUUUCACUUCCAGAAACAUGAGAGAGCUCACCGUCAGAAAAGGAGAAAUGGUCGAGCUGCUGGACAUGUCGAAGCAGUGGUGGAAAGUGAGGAACAACAGAGGGGAGGAAGGCUUCGUACCCAAUAAUAUUCUGGAGUCUGAUGAGGACAAACCUGUCCAGGACAGUGAGGUUCCUCCUGUCCUGACAAAGAGGGCCACACCAGCACAAGUGAAAGCCUGGCUCGAAGACAAGGGCUUCAGCAAAAUCACUGUACGCUGUCUGGGUGGGCUGAGCGGCUCCAUGCUGCUGGGGAUGACCAGACAGGAGCUGAAGUCGGUCUGUCCAGAGGAAGGAGGGCGAGUCUUCUACCAGUUACAGUUAGUCAAGUCUGCUUUGGCUGUUGCCAGCUUAGAAAGAUCAACUUGACGGUAAAAAGGAUAUGAAGGAGGAGGCAGGAGAGGACAUCUUCAUGGACAGAAACAUUGUGAGAUACUGUAAACUUUUAGCUAAUAUUAAGCAAUAGAAAAACGACCAGGUAUAAAGGUGGUUAUAUUUUAUUCUCUUUUGAAAUCAAGUCAUAUGCAUAUACGUACUGUGUUAAAUAAUGUAAAUGUCACUUUAAAAUAUAAUAAUGAAGCUGGUGUCAUUCUGAAGUGUUUCAAGCAAACAUACGAUCAAUUCACUGCAGAGGCCGGCUGAUACUGCAUUUAUUUUAUUUUUUUUGUAAAAUUUCUGAUAUUUCUGUUGUGAUUUAUACUCUUUACGUAUAUUUCGAUAGGGUAACUGUUUUCCAGCAAUGUUUAAGAUAGCAAGUUACCAUAUCAAACUGCAGACACCACACAACUCCGCACCACCAUGUGCUCUGCUACAUGUGCUGCAGACAGUGCUGUUGUAAGCAAUGGUCGGAGCUGCUCUGCUGGACAAAGUGUGAUGAGUUCAAACAUAAUAUUUUUUUUUGCAAUAUGUUCUGUAGCAAUAAGUUUUCACAUCGAUGCAUAUCACACAUCGUGUACACUGAUAGUGAUUAUUGCGUCAGGCUGGAAUUAUGUGAUUAAAUGUAAACUGAAGCACGUUAGAAAGUACACUUAGUAAAGUGUGUAAUAAUACAUUUGUGCAUGAAUGAAUUCUGCAACAGAAAGCAGGGGCCUAAUUCUCGUGGUCAUUUUGUAACCUGUAAAAAAGUAAAAUUCAAUUCUGAUACAUGUUAAGUGAAUUAACAUGCUUUAUUUGUUGUUUAGACAUUACACAUGAACUUCAUCAGAAGCAUCUGAAUCUGUAAAACACUGGCAGUCCAUUUCAAGCAAUAUGGCUACAGAUCAAUGGACAUAAAAUUAUGUAGUAUUUAAAAUAAAAAUCCCACAUCAGAAAAAUGACAUGAGCGUAAAAAGCAAAAAUACAUGUGGAGAAAAAUAUUACCAAAUGCAAACAUAUCUCGAGUGUGAGUGUCAGAAUACUUAAAGUACUGUGAAGUUAGUACGAAGAGAUAAAUCAAGCUGAACAUGAUUACAGAAAAUAUUUAUACAGAAUAAUGUGUGACCACUGUAAUGUCUGAAUAAAUUAUGUGUGUUUUUUGUGUCGG